CGACACUCAGCGGUGUCUCACGGAGGUUUGGAAGCGGGUGGGGAAGAGUCGAGCUUCGGCUGACCCUAAUAAACCAAACUUGGAGCGACGUGGGGCUACGGGGUCGCCCUCACUAGUUCUUCUUAAUAAUUUGGAUAGUGCCUCACCCGUCUUCUUCACGUUGCUCGUCACCUACUGACCCUCCUAAUGUCGGAUUUCAAGCUUGGGAUUGUUCGACUUGGCCGUGUGGCCGGGAAGACCAAGUAUACACUGAUUGAUGAACAGGACAUACCCUUAGUGGAGAAUUAUGCAUUUGAGGCCCGUAUGGAGGUAGACGCUGACGGCAACGGGGCUAAGAUCUUCGCCUACGCCUUCGACAUUGGCAAAGGCCGCUGGGCCGGCCGGCCCCUUCACGAGCUGCUCUGGGAGAAGCACAGAGGUGGAAUCGCUCCCAGUUUCCAAGUGGUCCACAUUAACCAGGUGACCGUGGACAAUCGCCUGGACAACCUGCGCCUGGUGCCCGUUGGGUGGACCCCCAAACCAGAGGAGCUGUCCAGCAAGCAGAGAGAGCAGUCGCUGUACUGGCUGGCCAUCCAGCAGGUGCCUGCCGACCCCGUGGAGGAGCAGUAUCUGGAGCUGAGCCGCACGCGCUACUACAACGCCAACGGAGAACUGGUGGAGGAGGAGGAGUGCUCCUGCACCUACUACGAGUGCCACUACCCGCCCUGCUCGCUCAUCGAGAAGAGGCUGCGGGAGUUCAACAUCUGCGGCCGGUGCCAGGUGGCGCGCUACUGCGGCUCCCAGUGUCAGCAGCGGGACUGGCCGGCCCACAAGAAACAGUGCCGCGAGCGCAAGCGCGUCUUGGCCCUGGAGUCGGAACCGGAGCGGUGAUCCGUUUGGACCCCCACCACACACAUACACACACCGCCACCGACGGAAAGCAAGGGGAGCGGAGUGGUUGAAAGAGGAGGAGAAAGGAGGGGGGUGAAGGAGGUUUCUUUAUUUUUUGGGGGGGUGGGGAAAGGGGGAGGCUUGUGGAAGAAAAAAACAAGGGGUGUGGAGCUGAAAGAUCGAUCUGCUGAUGGACAGAGUUUGACUGGGGGUGACUGAGGUUGGUAGGGCUUGGGUCGAGUUAAAAAAAAAUACACAUAAAAGAGGGGGGAAAGGAGAAAAAGAGAAAAAAAAGAAAACAUCUUCCCUGAACUGUCAAACACCUGUGGCUUUUAACCUGGAAAGCCAUAAGGGGAACAUGGGAAAAAUCAUUCUCUUUUUUUCUUUCCUUUAACUUGUUUUGUUUUUUGGUGACAAAACAUUUAGAUUUUUUUCCUUUUCAAAAAGGGCAACCUCAAAAAAGCUCUACCUGCUGCUAAAUGGAUGUGUAUUUUUGGCUAUGAAGGAAAAGAACAAGAAGAUUAAAAAAAAAAUCUCACAAGAGAGAAGUCACACUGAACUCUUCUUUUUUUGUUUUUGUUUUAAUUUCCUUUGAUGGACUGCAUCUAAAAAGUGUGUUGACUGUCAACAUGACCUCUCACUCCUCUCUUAGUCUGUUGUACUUUCCCUUUUGCCCUCCUCUCCUCUCGCCUUCCCUUCCUUGACCGCCACCCAGCUGACCUCCCCCUUGAUGGCCCCUCUCCUCGACCCCCAGUGUCACUUGUCAGCCGUUCUGCCAUUGAGGGAGUCGCUCUGCCUUCCCACCGUUCCACAGACCCGUGUGUAAAGGGUCACGAUACGGAUCUCCCUAUAUCACUGCACCUGCCAUCGUCAUCCCUGUACUGGACUGGACUGCAGCACUCACGCUGCCUGUUGUUCCAUUGAUGCCCGUCGCGGUGCCCUGGGCCCUCCUGCCUCACUGUAACCACCGCCUCCGCAAGACUCCCAACCAAUAGGGUUCAAGGGGUCUGGACUCGCUGUACUCCCCUGACACCUCUGGACCACUGUCCGCCUGGAACUGGACUGCUGCGCACAUAACCAAACCAACCCCAAGGCAUGUCUUAACACCUCUCCCCUUCUCAUACACCUGCCUAGAGCAGACAUGCGCUCCCCCCCCCUACCACCCCUCUGGCCCCCUCACACUACCAGUAUUUUGUGUGUGUGCGUAUGCGUGUGUGUGUGCGUAUGCGCGUGUGUGUGUGUGCUUGUGUACAUAUAUGUAUGAGAUGCCCUUAUUGACUGAAGGACAUGUAUGAAGUGGUUGUUCUGUUCUGGGGUGGGGGUGGCGUUUGUACAUUUUUUGUUUUUUUGCCUUUAUUUUGUUUUUGGGUUGUUGUUUUUUUGUCAUUUGCUCUUUUUGGGGUUUGGUUGUGGGGGUUGAAGAUGAGUUUUCUGUUUGUGUGUGUUAAGAUACUCUAAGUUGCCCCCCCACCCGACUCAACCUCCCCUCCCCUCAACCCCCCUUCAGAUGCAGGCUUCGUAGCUGCGUUAUUGCUGCCGCAGUGUCUGGUUAACCAUGCCCCCUGCUGGUCAUCUUUAUCCACUUGUCUCCCAGUCUCGCGUUCGAGGGAUGUCCUGGGAAAACUUGAAAAAAGAAAAACACAGUUAAGAUAAGAAAAUCCACAUAACCUAAGUAGACUCAGAUUGGGUUUGUGUUUUUUCCAUCGCCCUUUUUUUGGUAAUAAGUACGACAAAGCAUUAUUGUUAUUUGGAUUCCAGAUUUGUUCUGUCUUGUGUGUGUGCUACGCAUCUAAGAAAAAGAAAGAAAAUGAAUCUCAAACCUGCUACUUUAAGCUGGCCGACCCUAAUAAUGAAUUUAUUGUCACAGAUCUGUGUGAGUGUGUGUGUGUGUGUGUGUGAGCGAGCGAGAGAGAGAGAGAGUGAAUGUGUGUGAAGGAUGUGUAUAUGUUGUCAAGGCCUGUCUUCCGUAAACGCCUAGGUGAUCAAGGUCCAGUUCUGACACACACCCACACCCAAGUGUUAGCAGCAGAGAUACAUGUGACAUGUAUGUUUUUGUUUGUUUUGUUAUGUUUUUUUGUUUUUUUUUGCUCAUGGUUUUUACUCUUUAUUUAUCGGGGUGGGGUGAAGCACUGUGCACUGAGUAUUCUCACACUUAUCUGUGUUUAGGGGGAGAGAUGUCAGAGUGAGGGCUGUCUGGGAAAUAUUUUUUUUCUAAGAAUAUUACAAUACAAGAAUAAUUACAUAGAAUAAAAAAAUAUGUGAAUGGGCAUAAAGGUGGUUGCAAAUGACCAUCUCUCAUCACUGUAAAUUAAUAAAAGGAAUUAAAUCGA